AUGUCUGACCUAAAGCCAGGAAUACCUCCCAAUCCUGAGGAUAUUCAUCCGCCAUCUCAAAAGCUGAGCAUCGUUGUGGUUGGAUUAGGAAUGGUUGGUUUUUCUUUUCUACAAAAGAUCUUAGAUUUGGACCAGGAACAGAACAAAUAUAUUAUUACUAUCAUCGGAGAGGAGCGCUAUCUCGCAUACAACCGUGUUAAAUUGACUGACUACUUUUUGCACAGGAAUGUAGAUGAAUUACUUUUAUCUGAUAAGGAAUUUUACGAGAAGCACGAUUCAAAAAAAUGGGGAUACUUUGUUGAUGAUGCUGUCGUCUCUAUCAACAGGAAAAGCAAGACUGUUACCACUGCAAGUGAUAGAAUUGUUAAGUAUGACAAGCUUGUCCUUGCUACUGGUUCUGAUGCGAGGGCACCUGGUGAUGUCCACGAUAAGAUUAAAGCUAAGAAUAUGGGAUGUUAUGUAUACAGAACCAUUGAUGACUUGAACCAGCUUAUUCAUUAUACUGAACAAAAUAUUAACGAUGAUAAGGCGCAUGCCAUAAUUGUUGGAGGUGGUUUACUUGCCUUAGAAGCAGCUAAAGCUGUUAUGGAUUUGGGAAAAUUCGACAGUAUAAAGAUUGUCCAGUUGGACGGCUGGUUAAUGGGCAGACAGUUGGAUAAACGUGGUGGCAAAUUACUAGAAAAAAAGAUUAGCAAAAUGGGAAUCAAGGUAGAGUGUGGACUUACUACAAAGUCGCUGAUCUUCAAUGAUGAUGGACACUUAAGCGCUGUCGAGUACUCUAAUGGCAUUAAAGAAAGAUGCGAUCUUAUUUGUUUUGCCAUUGGUAUUGUUCCAAGAGAUGAUCUAGCAAGAUCUUGUGGCCUUGAUGUUGGUCCAAGAGGUGGUGUCAUAGUUGAUAAUUAUAUGCAAACCUCGGAUCCAGACAUUUAUGCUAUCGGAGAAUGUGCUGCCUGGAAAGGAAGAACGUAUGGUUUGAUUGCUCCAGGUUACGCUAUGGCUGAUGUUCUUUCCUUUAACCUUACUCAAGGGGAAAUGCACUCGCUUAAAGCAUUUGCUGAGCCUGAUACAAACACAAGAUUGAAACUUCUAGGUGUUGAUGUUGCUGCCUUUGGUGAUUACUUUGCCGAUACUGAAGGUCCAAAAUGGUUACCAAAAGAUUGUCGUAAAUGUGGAAAAGGUGCCCGUGCUCUUAUUUACGAUAAUCCAAUUGAUGAAGUUUAUCAAAAAUUGAUCUUCACUGAGGAUGGACGUUACUUGCUCGGUGGCAUUCUGGUUGGUGAUAAUUCGAAGUAUCCGUUGCUUUCUGCUCUUACUAAAAAAAGAAAGCCUCUUACGCAAGAACCUGGUGAACUUAUUAUUGGUAAGCAAUCCGGUGAUGAUUCUGGAGAUGGAGUUGAUGCUUUACCAGACGAGGCCCAGAUAUGUUCUUGUAAUAAUAUUUCCAAGGGUCAAAUCGUUCAGGCGAUCAAGAAUGGUAGUACUACUUUGGACUUAAUCAAGAAGAAUACAAAGGCUGGGACCGCUUGUGGUGGAUGCGUUCCAACACUCAAGUUGAUUUUGGAAAGCGAGCUGAAAAAAAUGGGAAAAAAGGUCUCAACCGAUUUAUGUGUCCACUUUAAAUAUUCGCGUUCCGAUUUGUUCUCUAUUAUUAUGGUUAAGAGAUAUAAAACCUUCGGUGAAGUUAUGGAAAAUCUCGGAACUACCCCCGAUUCGUCUGGAUGUGAAAUCUGCAAGCCAACUAUUGGAUCAAUAUUGUCCACUUUAUAUGGCCGCCAUCUUAUGGAGAAAGAGUUUCAGGGACUUCAAGAGACCAAUGAUCGUUACCUUGGAAACUUACAACGCAAUGGAACUUAUUCUGUUGUUCCAAGAAUGUCUGCAGGUGAGAUUACCCCUGAAAAGUUAAUUUCCAUCGGUAAAGUCGCUAAGAAAUACGAUUUGUAUACCAAAAUUACGGGUGGACAGAGAGUUGAUCUUUUUGGAGUCAAAAAGCAAGAUUUACUUAAAGUUUGGGAGGAUCUUCAUAAGGCUGGCUUUGAAAGUGGCCAGGCAUAUGGAAAAACCCUUCGUAACGUCAAAUCGUGUGUUGGCUCUACAUGGUGUCGUUAUGGAAUUGGAGAUUCGGUUGGUUUGGCAAUUAGGCUUGAGCAGAGGUACAGAGGUAUCAGAUCUCCUCACAAAAUUAAGGGUGGCGUUUCUGGUUGUGUUAGAGAUUGCGCGGAGUAUCACUCUAAAGACUUUGGUUUGUGUGCUGUUCAGGGAGGCUUUGAUAUUUACGUUGGUGGAAACGGUGGUAUGAAACCUGCUGCAGCGCAGCUGCUUGCUUCGAAAGUUAAGCCAGAUAUGGUUAUUCGAAUUCUUGAUAGAUAUUUGAUGUUUUAUUUAAGAACAGCUGAUAGAUUACAGCGUACGGCACGUUGGCUUGAGAAACUUGAUGGCGGUAUCGAUUACUUGAAAUCUGUUAUUAUUCAGGAUAAAUUGGGAAUCGCCGAAGAGCUUGAGAAGCAGAUGCAGGAUAUUGUAUCACAUUACUUUGAUGAGUGGGGCCGUACUUUAAAGGAGAAAGACUCAGAAGCUCCUUUGUUCAAACAAUUUGCCAAUACCGAUGAGAAUCAAGAGUCCGUUGAGAUGGUCUAUGAGAGAGGUCAGAGAAGGCCUGCCUUGUGGGCAGAUGAGCCAGCAAAAAUGAGGUUCAAUGAAAUUAAAUGGUCUUCUUCUCAUUGGAAAAAGGUAUUGAAGAGCAGUAGCCUUCCUCAUACAGAUGCUGGAUCUUCUGUGGAUCUUCUUAUUGGCGACACCCAGCUUGCCUUGUUCCGGAACAGGCAGGGAAAGAUUUUCUGUUCGCAAAACAUGUGUGCACAUAAGCGGGCAUUUGUUCUCAGCAGAGGUAUCUCAUCACAAGAUGACGCAGGCAAUGAUUACAUAUCUUGUCCAAUGCAUAAGAGAAACUACCUUUUAACAAAUGGCGCAUGUAAAAACGAUCCAGCACUCUCUAUUGCCACGUUUGAUGCAAAGGAGAAUAAGGAUGAUGGUUAUAUUUACGUCAAGCUACCACCAACCACUGAACUUGAUGAAGUUCUUGGAACAAAAAAGUGGAUGAUAUAUAGUAAGGAAACUGAGAAAAAGAAGAGAUUCAAUGUUAUAGACCAAAGAUACAAGAUGCCUAUUCCAGUUAGAGGCAAGCGGGAUUGUGAAUGGUGA